AUAAGAAGUAAUUUCUGUGGCACUUUUUUGAAAAAGAAGCUCAGAAGUUGGGACCCAUCAUAAAUAGCUAGACCUACCGAGGCCUAAACAAAAUAAUUACAAAAUAGAGGACUAAUAAAUCUCUUUUAACUUUUUUUUGGAGCCAACGCUUCUUUUGCUUUUGAAAACCCUCCCCUCUCUCUAUCUCACUCUCGCUUUCUCACACUGCGCUUCAAUGAGCUAAUAUUUCCAAGUUCCUCUGGAUUUCUCAUAUAUGUCUUUACUCCAGAUGGUUCAACAAACGAUUGAUUCAAAAUCUGGUGAGCAUGGGCUUGGCAAUGCUGACAAUAACUUGUCCAUACACGAUAAGCACUUUCCACUUGUUGUAAAGAAGACAGCAUUAAGAGAUGUGCAGAAUGAAAACAGAAUUCCCAAAUCUGUUGGAAAUUCUCCUUCAUCAAAGGAUGGAGGAAAGACUAUGAAUGGCAUUAAGGUUUCUGGAGCCAAGAGACCAUCAUCUGAGGACCUGAUGUACCGUCCGGUUCCAUGCUAUGAAUCUUCUACUAGUGGCGCUCCAAAUUUUCGUCUUGUUUAUGCACGUGGGAAAUCUGAAGCAGAAGUCGGCAAGCGUAGUCAUCCAGAGGAGACUGCUCAACCAAAGCGUCCCCAGAUAGAGUCAACGGUCUCUACUUUUCCAGCUUUGGUACCUAUGCCCGUGGCUCCACCAAUAAUUUCAUCUGGAAAACCUUCAGUUCCUCUUCCUCUUGGACAGUCUAGCACGUUUUCACCAGCAGAAUCCAGUUAUCUUCCUGUUGGUUCUAUUGUCCCUUCAUCUAAUCCAAAGGGAGAGAAAAAUAUGCAUUGGGAAGAGCGGUAUCAUCAAUUGCAGAUUUCAUUGAAGAAAUCGGAUGAAUCUGAUCUAGACGAAUACGUCCAGAUGCUCCAGUCAGCUUCCUCAGUUGAGCUUAGCAAGCAUGCUAUUGAGGUAGAAAAGAGAUCAAUUCAACUUUCACUGGAGGAAGCAAAGGAGGUGCAACGAGUUGCGAUUUUAAAUUUCCUGGGGAAAUCCUUGAAGAAUUUUAAAGCACCCUCAGCUCAUCAAAGCCAGUCAGAGAAAUAAGAGGACGUUUGAAUACCUUGCUCUGUUAUAUACUCUUGACUAAAGAAGGGUAAAAAAAGAAGAAAAAAGAAAACCUGCCUGCGCUUAUUUUGACUCGACUGCAGUGGCCGUCCCCCUGCUAGACUGCCAAUAUUCGCCGUAAUAUUGCACUUGCAGCACCAUCCAUUCUUUAAUCUCUAGUCCCAAAAUAUAUUGACGUAACUGAAUCCGAACCGUGUUGUAAUAUUCUGUCAGUAAUGUUCAUUUUUAUCCUUUUGUUUUU